UCAUUCCUAUUUUAAUACCCCUCUUCUACUGAGCGCACACACAUUCACACACAUAGUAGAGUUUCCUCUACUGGUAUGACCAGAGGCAGCUCUGCACUUAGCAACUGAUAAGGGUGUGUGUGUAUGUGGGUGGGUGUGUGUGUGUGUGUGUGUUCAGACCUAGCUUACUGUAGCUCACCGCACCCUCUCAUUACACAUAGAAACAGACUGAGAAGCAGAAAGUAGCAGAGAAGAAAGAAGGAAACAUCACAUCCACAGAGUGGAACUAACCAGUUAGCUGCCAAGCAGCAAAUCAGCUGCUCAGUAAGGGGUGUGGCUUUGUGGUCUGUUGCCUCCAGCUGAAUGGUAGUCAUUCAUCCAGUCAUCCAGUGAUCCCACCUCCCAGCCACCCACCCAGCCAGUCAGUCAGUGGCUGUAAAUGCUGGUCAGCUGCUCUGGACGCCUCGUAUCUCCCUCAGGAUCUCACACUGUUGAAUCAGCUGAGGAACCACUGAGAGGUUUAUUGCAGUCAUCACUAUGACCGAUGGGGAUUAUGACUACCUUAUAAAGCUCCUUGCCCUGGGGGACUCCGGCGUGGGGAAGACCACCUUCCUGUACCGAUACACAGACAACAAGUUCAACCCCAAGUUCAUCACCACAGUCGGCAUUGACUUCAGGGAAAAGAGAGUGGUCUACACGGCGUCAAACCCCAAUGGGACGAACACAGGGAAAACCUUCAAGGUUCACCUUCAGCUGUGGGACACGGCGGGACAGGAGAGGUUUCGCAGCCUGACGACAGCGUUCUUCAGGGAUGCCAUGGGGUUCCUGCUGAUGUUUGAUCUCACCAGCCAGCAGAGCUUCCUCAACGUCAGAAACUGGAUGAGCCAACUACAGGCCAACGCCUACUGUGAGAACCCUGAUAUUGUCUUAGUAGGAAACAAGGCCGACCUGGCCGACCAGCGGGAGGUUCAGGAGAAGCAGGCCAAGGAGCUGGCUGAUAAAUAUGGGAUCCCGUACUUUGAGACCAGUGCAGCAACAGGAGUAGAAGUGGACAAGGCUGUGAUAACGCUGUUGGACCUGGUCAUGAAGAGGAUGGAGCAGUGUGUGGACAAACCACCUGCAGAUCCAGCCAAUGGGAACGGGGCUACAAAGCUCGGUGAAGCACAGCCCAAUGAGAAGAAAUGUGCAUGUUAAAUCAGGAGGGGAUUCAAGACAACAACCACUCAACACUCGUCUGUUGUUCAUCUUUCUUCUAGUCACAUUCCUUCCUUCUUUUACUUUUCUUAAUGUCCGUUUUAACAGCAUGUUUCUUUAUCUCUUUCUCAUUCUCCUUUCUAUUAAAAUAAACAUGAGCCAUUUUUCUCUUUUGGCUCUUUUCUCCUUAACCUCCCCGACUGCCACUCUGACAAUGAAACAACUCUCACUCCCUCUAAUGGACAUUCAAGGUAAUGCAGUCCCAGCCUGUUGGCCUUGAGAAGAAAACUAAAACAGGAGGGGACAGUUUCAUCACUGUCAGACACAUAAUGUGCCUCAUUGAAAACAUGCAGCCUGGGAAUUAAGCUCUGCACGCUUGCUAUUUUCCUCUUGGCAGGCACUUUGAAUGAGUUAAAUGGACCUAAACAUUCAAAAUCAGAUGUUUAAAACUUCACUUUGAGAUCUUUAGUUGUUCAUCUGGUAAUCGCAACAGGGAAAAGGUUCAACUUUAAAUCUGAGCCCUGAAGAGUUUAAUAUCAGGCUGUAUGUUUGUGUGCAUUAGGUCCUAUUCUCCUUAAGCUUUUCCUCUUGGACCACAGUGAGAAAUUGUGCGACCGAUAUGUUUUUCUUAUGAUUUCUUUCACGGUUUACCCUGUGUUUUAAGCUGGGCCAAUCUUAGCCACAUGUGGAAACUUUUCAAUGCUCAGAGAAAUUUUGUUGUCUAGAAGUUUGUUGAACAUGUGCCAAUAUGUGUUUUGUAUAAUCAGCUUUUGUGUCAUGGAGGUCUCUGACACCUCAUCGAGUAGCUGCAGCAGUGUUUCUAAUCAUAAAACUUGUCUGUGACGUCUGAUUCUGAGUCAGAUUGAUUAAUGAGUGACUUUUCCUGCCCAUGUUUGCUUGUUAACUUCUUUAAAGAACUGAAGGAUUUUUUUAUGGCAGCAUGAGCCAGCACUGCAUUGAAAAUGCAAGGCCAACAUUCAAAUUUUGGUUAUUUUGGAUGAAAAAGUGGGAUGAAAUUCACAAUGUAUGCCAUUUACCACUGCUCACUAGCUAAUGAUCAAGAACACAAUAUCUGACACUACUGUCAAAUUGUGCAGUUAUUAUAAGAUAACACACACACAAAAUAUAUAAAAAAAUAUUUAAAAAGACUCAGUUAACAUUAACUUGAAUUGAUAGAAUAUAUCUCUAAAUACUGGCCAGCAAAUUUAGCAUAAUUAGCUAGUCAGUGUUGUAGCAGAUAGCCAUUUUACUUAGCAGCUAUCUUUCGUAACUUCUAGCAGGACACAAAUUUAAUAAAAGACUUGAUUUUAUCUAAAGAUGGUUUACAGAUUACCCAUAACUUUCUAACUAAAAGCAGAAGUUCCCUCUUGUGCUUGACCAUCUUUCUGUCUAGAUUUUUGAAUUCUGGACAUUUUGUUUUGUUAAUUUGUAAAGAACUGCCAUGUAAUUGUUCAGAAAUGGCAUUUAAUAUUACACACAAUAGCAUUACUGUGCAUUUUAUUACACCAAAUAUAUUCAUCAGUCCUACCAUGCUCAAGACAAGGUCAGGAUUGAGCAAAUAAUGACUUUAACUGAUUAGCCUCUAAGCACUGAUUAGCUAAUGUAGCAUCAGUACUUAGCAGCUAUCUUUUGUGAUGGCUAUCAAGAGGCUAAUUUAACAAAAGACACACGACUUUUAAGUAAAGACAGUUACAGUUCAGCCAUAACUUUCUAGGUGAAAGCAGAUGUUUUCACCAGUGUGCAUAACCUUGUUUGUCUAGCUUUUAUUUAUUAGCAGUCACAUGCUACAAGUCAAGCUAACAUAAUCUUGUCUGCUAAGUUUUCUUAAGUUUAUUUGUAAAGAACCGUCAUAUAAUUGAUAAGAAAUUGUAUUUAAUAUUACACACAGUAUAACUGCAUUUUAUAGGUAUUAUGUUAACCGUACUGUGCUUGAAACAGGACCAGUUAACUCUAAGUUAGCCAUCAUGUUAGAGUUUGAUGAUCAUUAUACAUGAUUUCACUUGCAGAUUGUAAUCAUAUUCUAGGACCUAAAUGGGUCCAGCAUGACAUAAGUGAAAUGAAUGAAGGAAAGAAAAAAAAUUCCACUGUGGUUCAACAAAUUUAGGAAGUUUGAGACAAAUUGGCUGUAAUAUUAUGCUAUUUGCAGAUUGUUUUGUAACAGUCUACAUUUUUAAA